UGUUUUGAGUUGUGUUGAGGACGUUGAGGUGUGUGAAGUGUUGGUUGUAGUGAAUUAUUGCCAGUUUUUAUGCCAACCGUGACGAAGAGUGGUGUGUUAACAGCAAACCAGAACGCAAUGGCGUCAGACCAGGAAUCAUGCUCCGACGAGGAGCCAGACAGCGAAAUGCUAAGCGACGAUUUAUGUCUGCCAGAUAGCGACGAUGACCGACAGAAUCUCCCUGUUCAGAGUCUGCACGAAGACCUGCCACCUCUCAACUCCUGCCUACUCCGGCCUCCUCGCAAACUCUUCACCAACUGCCGCGAGCGCUGGCGUCAGCAGAACGUGAGCGGAGCCUUUGCUGAGCUCCGACGGCUCGUACCAACUCAUCCGCCGGAUAAGAAGCUCUCUAAGAAUGAGAUACUUCGCAUGUCCAUAAGGUACAUCGGUCUUCUCUGCGAAGUCCUAGAAUGGCAGAAGAACCACGGCCUCACCAACAAGGAGAACACCGCUCUCGCCAUCAAAUGCGAGUCCCCCCUUAGCCCGCAAGCCCGUCGUCUCCGCCUCAAGCGACCCUAUUUCGAAGACGACGGCCCCAGGCCUAAAGUCUUCAUAGAAGAAGCUUCCAAAUACGGGAACGAAGAGAACGAGGAACGCAGAACCCAACGCACCUUUACCUGCACGAAGACAGAGUAUAUUUUUGGGAAAGAUCAUCUCCGCGUGCUGAGGAACCAUUAUUAUUAUCCGCCAAGAUGGCGGCAGAAUGUUCCGUUCAGGAAUUUGACGCCGGAUAAGAAUGGGAAUAAUUUGCUGAUGAUUGCGCCUCAGAAUGGGAAAGAGGAUAAGUUUAAGGAAAAAGAUGAUGGGAAGGAUGGUAAGUAAGAGGUUGCGUAAAGCUUUAAGCCA